UAAGUUAUAAGCACCCCUCACUUCUUACAUUAUGUUUGAUAUCUCUCUCUUUUCCGUGCUCCACAGAGAACUUCACGAAUCCUCAGCAUCCUCUGGACCAGGGCACAGGGCCUCAGGAACCCACAAAGGUUUUUAAUGACCCUAUCCAUGGCCAUAUCGAGCUCCAUCCUCUGCUGGUUCGUAUCAUUGACACUCCUCAGUUCCAGAGGCUGCGGCACAUCAAGCAGCUCGGAGGAACAUACCUGGUGUUUCCUGGAGCUUCGCACAGCCGCUUUGAACACUCAGUAGGGGUUGGGCAUUUGGCAGGUCGCCUCGUUCGAGUUUUGAAAGACAGACAGCCUGAACUCGGCAUAAACAAACUAGACAUCCUGUGUGUUGAGAUCGCAGGGCUGUGCCAUGAUUUAGGCCAUGGUCCGUUUUCUCAUCUGUUUGAUGGCAUGUUUAUCCCUGAAGUCCGACCUGGGAUAAAAUGGAAGCAUGAGAAUGCCUCAGUGCAGAUGUUUGACCACCUGGUGAAGGUGAAUAAUCUGAUGCCUGAGAUUGUGAAAUAUGGCCUUACAACAAAUGACCUCACCUUCAUCAAAGAGCAAAUUGAAGGGCCUCAGGACGACACCGCCUCGGGCAGUAAGUGGCUGUACAAGGGCAGAUCGGAGGAGAAGUCUUUUUUGUAUCAGAUUGUGGCAAAUAAAAAAAACGGCAUCGACGUGGACAAGUGGGACUAUUUUGCAAGAGACUGCUACCACCUGGGCAUGCAGAGUAUCUUUGACCACCUCCGGUUCCUUAAGUUUGCCCGAGUGUGUGAGGUGGAAGGGGAGAAGCACAUCUGUAGCAGAGAAAAGGAAGUAGGUAACUUGUACGACAUGUUUUACAUGCGUUACCGCCUGCAUUGCAAGGCCUAUCAGCACAAAGUGGGUAACAUCAUCGAGUUUAUGAUAACAGAAGCCUUGGUGAAGGCAGACCCUCACAUUGAGAUCGAGGGAUCUGAAGGAAAGAUGUUCAAAAUGUCAGAGGCCAUAGAGGACAUGGAGGCUUACACCAAGCUCACAGACCACAUCUUUGAGCAGAUCCUGUACUCCUCCAACCCUAAACUGAGCGAAGCUAAGAACAUCCUCCAGAAGAUCAUCAGCAGACAGCUGUAUAAAUGUGUGGGACAAAUCACACCUGAGACAGUCCUUGAGGCUUCACAGGAAAAGCUGAAAGAAUAUUCCAGUGAGGUGGCUAAGGCCAAACAAAGCAGCAAUGAUGUGGAUCUAGAGUCUGAAGACUUCAUAGUUAGGGUUGUUGACCUGAACUAUGGGCAGAAGGAUAAAAAUCCCAUCGAUGAAGUCUAUUUCUACUCUAAGGAGGACCCCACCAUACCCAUCAAGAUCGACAAGAAUCAGGUCUCCAAGAUGCUGCCGACGAGAUUUGCCGAGCAGAAGAUCAGAGUUUACUGCAAGAAAACUGUCAAGAAGAGUUUAGAGGCCGCCAAAAAGCACUUUGAGCAGUGGUGCUCGGAAAAGUUCUCCAAACCUCUGGAUGGUGAUGUCAUGGCAGCAGAACUCACUGACCAGGACUGCCACAUUGCUGACGACAGUGAAAGUGGAAGCCAAGUGCCACGCGGUUAUAGAAGAAUGACAGAUAUUUACAAGGCGAUAAAGAAACACACAAAUACAUCAAAGUAACUGUGUGAAUAAAUGUACUUGCAUUUGUUCUAUUUUUCUUUCUUGGCUCCUUCUAAUCAGAUUGUGUUUUUGGGUACAGAAUGGAAAGAAUAUAGUCAAGUCCUUAAGAAUUUGGACAGUGACACAAUUUUUGUAAUUCUGCCUCUGUACACCACCACAAUGAGUUUGAAAUGAAACAGCCAAGAUGUGACUGAAGUAUAGACUUUCAGCUCUAAUUCGAGGGGUUUAACAAAAAUAUUGCUUCAAUGGUUUAGGAAUUACACCCAUUUUUUACAUAGUCCCUCCAAUGUGUCACUGUGCAAAUACUUAUGGACAUGACUGUAUUGCAUUUUAUUGUGUCUUUCCAUAGUUUUUUUGCAUUUAAAUCCUUACAUACCAUUUCUUUUUAUUCAAAUUAUUAAUCGGUACGUUUGGUCUUUGUCUGCUGCCAAUAUGUUUUCUUUCCACCUCCUAUAGAAUGCUUAUAGUUGAACCAGUGUGUUUAAGAGAUCAGUACAUAAAAUUGUGUAGCUUUUUUUUUGAAUGAGAAAAGAGUCAGAUUCUUCAAAUGGAAAUUUCAAGUAAUAUCUGUACCAUUUCAAACGUGCAAAAAUUAUGUUUCCACAGUAAAGUAGCAUA